GCAGUCAUGUUUAGGGCAGACAAUCAGUCAUAUGAGUGAAGUGACAGUUGUUUGUCAUGUGGUCUCUGUCCGGGAUUUGUGUCUCUUUUGCCAAUAAAGCCAUUUAAGCCCCUGAGUUGUUUGACUCAAUUAUCACAAUUUGGAUCAACUGGUAAUUAUAAUGUCGGAUAUAUUGGUGGAUGCGUUGCCAUACAUUGAUUUAGGAUAUGAAGAGCCCGGUGUUCGCGAAGCUGUUCUUGAGAUGGUGUCUGAAGAGACACGAAGAUAUAAGCCGACGAAGAACUACUUGGAGAACUUGUCGGACAUGAAUCUCAAGCACUUCCAGACGGAUCUGUUGCGUAAUGAGUUGGAGCGCAUUGAGAACAGACAGCCAAUGGAAAUGUUGUCAAUGAAGAGAUACGAAAUGCCGGGUCCGGCGCCCGGAAAGAUGACAGACAUGUCCUCGUGGUCUGAAUCGGUCAACAACUCUAUGGCACAACUCGAACAUCAGGCCAUACGUAUCGAUAACUUGGAUCUCAUGCAGAAGUUUGGACCCGAAAGUUGGAAACAAUACAAUCAACUGUUAACUCAAAUACAGUCAAACGCUCAAAAAAAUCUUCACGACUUAAGGAAACGCAUACAAGAAGUCAAUUGGCAAAGAAAGAGCUCACAGACUGCGGCCGGCGAUAGGAUUAGACAUCUCGAGUCAGAAUGGGUGGCAUUGGUGUCCAAAAAUUAUGAAAUUGAAAGACAAUGUCUUAACUUAGAGAUUGAAAUUCAAGAAUCGGAACAAAAACUCAAUGAUUUGCAAAACAAUGAGUCAAAUAAAACAAAUAAUAAUAAUAAUAAUAAAACUGAAAACAAGAAACUGUAA